UCUCCUAUGGUAUUUGUGCAUCUGUAACUUUCUCACUCAUCAUUAUUCACGAUUUGUAGUCACAAUCUCGAUGUAGUCAUCGUGUGCUAUGAAUAUGGGGCAAAUACUUAACUUUUAAUUGUUUUAAUACAAAUACAAGUGAAUGUGUCCAAAUACUUUUUAUGUACAAAAAGUGCUGUAAUUUCUAAAUGGUUCACACAAUAUGGAUGAACUUUUGAAGUAUAGAGCCAAAAGAAAAUAAAAAAUACUUUACUGUCCAAAUCAUUAAGGAGGGCAUUGUAUCUACAAGUUCACUCCCAAUCAUUGUAAGUCCAUAUGUUUUAUUUUAAUAAAUUUACUAACAACAAGAAGCAUCUCUGUGAAUGUUAUGGGAACAUAUGGAGUUCACAGUUCAGCAUCAGAUUCAGUCAAACACUGCAUCAKAGACUUCAUGCAUAAUAUUACCUCUUGAAAGCCUCUAACUCARAAUUGUGUUAGAAAUGCUGAUAUUUUUAACCAAGACAGAAAAGUGGAUUUUUAUGCACGAAUGCAACAUCAACGCAUUUAGCUCCAUCAACAGGCCGCCUUUGCCUUUACCACGAAGACAAAAUGCUCCCUUUACUCAGACCUAUAAUCUCACAUGUUUUAGCCUAAAACAUUUUAUUGUCAUUUCAUCAAACCUCUUUGUCGAUUUCCGGGAAUAUGUUUAGACUGUCUUGUUCAGCAAUGUCAGCAGUAUCUCAGAGUUUCCAUGAGCUUAGUGGUCUAGAAACCCCAAUGGUAAAUAGGUAGUUUGUGUAGGCGCCGCCUCAAGCUAUUUUUCCUCGCUCGGUUGCAACAUCGCUUGCGCCCUUUGAGGUUAGAUCAAGGUGAGCAACGUUAGAAUAAAUGGCAGGAGUUUACGAAUAUACAUUUAUAUCAAUCUGUAUGGUCUUAGUUUUUAGCAAUAUACCUAAAAUGUUUGUCCCCCCCCACUUGAAUAUGAACUAGCCUAUUUAGUGUUCAAAUUAAACAUUACAAUUGUUGUUUUGUUAUAUAAUACCAAAAAAAGCAUGAUGUAACACUGAACCGUCUGUAUUUGAAUGUAGGCCUAUCUAAUGUUUCUCUUAUCCACUUGUUCUACUUUCCCUUCUGGAAUUAAAACAGCCAGUAAUGCAAGUUUAUACCAACAUGUAAAUUGACUUUGGCUUGGAAUCCAUCAUUAGUAGAAUCCAGCGCCAUAAAUAGAGAUAAGGCACACAUCACAUGGCAGAAUCUCAACAGACGUUAUGAAUUAUAUUAUGUUCAGAUAAUUAGGCAAUGUUAACAAUUAUAAUAAUAUAUCUAUAGAAUACAGGCCUAACGUUUUUAGUGAUGUAUUGUUUAAUUGGCUAACGAUGAUUACCGGUAAGAUAAACAAUUAUUAUAAUAAUGAUAAUGAUAAAAUAGCUAACGUAGCCUAAUAAUAAUAUUGAAUUAAGCCAAUUUCAAGUAGAAUUCUGAAAAGUUAAUUGGCCUACUACUUUACAGAGAACCAGGCCAAUAGCCUAAUAGGCUAUAUUCUUACAGAGUGAGUUACAUUCUUCUUACAUUCUUUUUUUGUUCAAAAUUACGUAUUUUAUUACUUUUUGUACAAACUGGGGUUAUAGAUCACGGACGUGAAUUGAUUAAAACAAAUCAUCCUUGAUGUCAUCAUGUUUAUUCAUUCAUCCCAAUAUAGCCUAGCUGUAAUUGUCGAAAAUAGUCAGUUCUUUUGUGAGUAAAUUCUUAAAUUUAUCUUCGUUGCAUUCAGUCGGUGCAAUCUUCUCAAUUUUGCAUUUAUUCUAAGUUUUUUGUUGUAGAGGCCUUUGCUGGAAUAUUACCUAUCUUUCCUUGCUCACAGUUUGAGUUAUAACGCAGGACACUUUAUAUGUUCAUUUCCGGUGAGAUGUUGUCAGUCUCGCUUUCUGCGACGUAGCAGGGCUAUGUGCGAGACACCUUCAUCUCGUCAAGGUGGCUGAACGGACUCAAAGAGAUGAUGCCCUUCAAAUUCCGUGAAUCUAAAAUGCCAGGGCCCCUGAUACUUCUGCUGUGCUGGAGCUAUGUUUUGAAAGCUACACACACAUCCAUUAUCGCCCAGACGCCAGGGAGGGUGAUGGUGAAGGCUGGUGAUACAGUGACCUUGAAAUGCUAUUUGGUUGAGCUUAUCACCUACUGCUACUCUGUGAAUUGGAUGAAAGUAGACCCCAGGACUGGAACACUGAUUAAGAUUGCAAACUUAAAGAUUGAUAACAACUCUGAGGAUGGAGAAGGGAAACAGGACAAACUAUGUUCUGCUACAAUCACCAACGCAACAGUGAGCGACUCAGGAAUGUACUAUUGUUCAGCUGUUCAAUCCGACACGAUCCACACGGGCAAUGGUUCUAGAGUUGUUGUGACAGAGAGAGAGAGAACACAGAACAUCACUGAACCCCCAGCCAUCAAACUCCUCUCUCCAUCGGACGGUGACGGGUCUGUUGUGUUGACGACUCUAUACAACACAGCAGAGUCCUUCAUACCUCUGCUGUGUUUGGUGUUGAAAGUGGUCCCAUCUCAGGUCCACGUGUUCUGGCUCAUAGACGGGAGAGAGUGCAGUGGACUAACUUCGUCCACUUGGAUAGACAACAGUGAUUCAGCCACAGAGUUCACUAUGAACCAGAUUCUAGUCCAGGCAGAGGAGUGGGACAGAGGGGUUCAGUGUACGUGUGUGGUGGAGUUUGAGGGAAAUUCUAUCAACAAAACCCUGAUAAAGCGCAAUGAUUCCACUGGCAUGUGCACAAUGGUGCUGUAUUGGAUAUCUGCAGCUGCUCUCCUCACCAUUAUAGUGGCUGUCACUGUCGCUGUGUGUCGGUACCGUGGACAUCCUGUGGUUACUGAUGCGGAUACAAGACAAAGAGGCACAGGCACAGAGAGCAGGCAGCAUCAAUCUGGGAGACUUGGAGAAGCAAGAAAGGCAGUUAGAUCAUCCGUCUCGGAGGUCCAGUAUGCGACUUUGGACCACAUCCAGUUUGGGAGACGCCCAAAUACAAUUAUCCAAUAAUAUUUUGAAGAAGAAAUUGCAUAAGAGUGUUCAGAUUAUUAUGUAUGUAUUUGUGUAUAAAGCAAGAGCCAGUGUCCGCAAUUGCUAAGUGCCCAGAGCCAAUAGUGCGGCACAGAGCUCUUUCUUUUAUAUUGUAAUUCAACUGUUGAAAAGCCUCCCAUUAGUCAUUAAUCUGUCCCAGUGCUAAAAUGUUUUCAAAGGUCAGGUUGGAGCCCUUCCGUGGGAAAACGUGUACAAGCCUACAUAGGAAAAUGACUGAAAUAGUCUUGAAUUUUGUAUUGAUGAUAUAUUUAUCGUGGUGUAGGCUAAUUGGCUGCUUAUAGGCCCAUUUUUCKUGUGUAUUUUAUUUUAUUUUUUACCUUUAUUUAACUAGGCAAGUCAGUUAAGAACAAAUUCUUAUUUUCAAUGACGGCCUAGGAACAGUGGGUUGUUCAGGGGCAGAACGACAGAUUCUGACCMUGUCCUGGUUUUGUCCUACACAGAGGACCACAUUGGAAAUAAGUGUUCUUAGCUAUCCUGUCUCACCCUCAGGGAUUAUUUGUAAAUGAAUGUCUUGGUUUUUUCUUUSUUUUCAUUUUAUUACCUCUUUCAUUACCUCUUAUCUAAUUUACAAUUUUCCUGGAACUGUUGGUGCCAACACUGCCUAUGUUUUUGAACACAUGUUUAAAAYCUUUGCUUGAAUGCUAGAAAAAAUAGAUUCCAAUUCUCAAUCUGAAACGCACRUUGACGAACUCUGUACAGCUUGUUUCUCUGACCAAAAUGAGAAGGCUCACUGUUUUUGACACUUGUGAGUUGUUUGAUCCUGCACAGACUGCAGAUUGUGUAACAUAUGAGAAAGUGUGACAGGUGCAGGACUGCAGCCUUCAGAACAGAAGCUGACCACAUACCACAGUAGUUUAAACUUUAGCUGCCUAACGCUCUCCUGCACACACACACAAUCUGUCUCUCGCUCUCUCUGCGAGGUGUGGUAUUCUCAGUAUGAUAUGCCUAUGGACAGACACAGCUUUGGUCAAAUCUGUUCCUUGCUUUUAACAAACCACUAGCAAAUUCUAUUUGCUGGCAUUUUUCACCCAAUAGCACAUUAUGAGAGAUGAACCUUUUUACUUUUGMGAUAUGCUAUCAGCUAUCACUUAARCUAACCUCAGCAGCUUURACGAUAUCAAUGAAACUCAGYCAAUAGAUGGAAUGUACUGUUGUCAUUGUAACAGUUCAUUUAACAACAACAUUAUUUUAAAGGGUUGGAAAAUAGUUAUGCUCCUGCUUAGUCCUGAAUGGAAAAUAAAGCACCCUGGCUAAUUCAUGAAAAUGAUGUGUUUGGAUUAAGUCAUGGUAAAAUCAAGUAAGUAAUGGCAAGACUGAACAAAAGUAUUACCAUUUAGGUAAUGAAAUGUUAAUACUCUCAAUACAAAGUACAGUAGUCAUUUUUGUUAAAUAAAAAGUUACACUGAUUUUAGUCAACUGUAAAAAAUUAAAAAAACAAUUGAAUACUUUUACACUAUGAUACAGCAUGGGGCAAUGUAGACCCAUCACAGAAAUWAUAAUUUUGUAAAAAAAUGAUGGCUAGUUUGUUUUAAUGUUGAUGCAGAUAACUUGGUUAAUGGAGUUUCCUACCUGAUGUUUUAGAAUAGUUUAAAAAAGCUCCAGCCUAUCUCAAAUCAAAUUUUAUUUGUCACAUGCGCCGAAUACAACAGGUGUA